AUGAAAUAGGUAGUCGUAUUAGCAUUAAUGCUAAGCUUGGCUUUGAGUACAAGCAUAACAUCUCCUUAACUAUUGGUGGAAUUGUAGGCAAGAACAGAAAAUGUGAUAGAUGAUGGUGUUGAUCUAUUAGAACAACUUCUUGCCACAACAGAAUAGUAAUAUGAACAAGUCAUUCAAGAAAAUGAAACAGAAUAAUAACAAUUAAAAGAUUAAGUAGCUUCAAAAGAGUAAUAACUUUAUGAUCUUUAAAACACUUGUAUGGUGAUGUCAGACGACUUGGCCUUGCUUAAAUAAUAAAUUGAAUUACAUGGAGAUGACACAGCAUACUUUAGAAAUGAAAUUACAAAAGACAAUCGUAGAAUUGAAGUACUUGAAGAGCUUCGUUGCUAAUAAAGCAAGAAUUGGUUGAAUUUUAUAAAAUCAAGCAAAUACAUUCUUAAUUUAAUUGAAUUCUUAAGAAGAGCUAUUUAGAAUUAUGGUUCAUUUGCUGAGAUUUAAAACUUCUCAGUAAUGUUAGAAACACUAAGUAAAGAAGUAGAUGAUAAUGAAUUAUUGAACUCUCUUUAAGCAGUUAGUAAAUCAAGAGCAAUUACACCAGUUAGAUAAGAAUUACUUUAAUUACUUGAUUAGAUUGAAGAAUCAAUUAAAGCUAAAAUCAAUACAAGUUAAACUGAUGAAGUAAAUAAUAAAUUAUAUUUAGAUUCUUUCAACAUCAAGAAUUGCUGAUUAUUUACAUUAACUUAAAUAAGAAAUUGCAUGGUAUGAAAAUGAAGUUGCAAAACUUAAUGAAGCUUGGGGAGAUUCACCAGAAGAAACAGUUAAACAAAGAUAAAAAGAAUUAGAUGCAUGUGAAAGUGGAAUUAAUGCUAAAAUUGAAGAAGCUAAAGAAUUCAGAAAUCAUGUUAGUGAAUAAAUUAUUCAUAAUGAAUCAAGAUAAGCUCGUUUCUUAGAAUAAAAAGACUUAGUAGCUUAAUUGAUUGUUGAAUAUUAAAAUGCUUUCAAUAAAAUUGGAGAAACAUAUAAAAUUAGAAUUGAUGAUUAUGUUGAAGAUGGAGUCUUUGAUAAGACAGCUGAUUUUGAUAAAAGGUAUUUAUUAAAUCUAAAUAGAUCAUUAACUGAUUUAUAUGGUGAUAAAGAGGAUAACUUCUAAUAAUAUGUGGAUGAUCUUGUGAAUGGAGUUGCCACUCCUGUUGAAGUACCAGUAGUUGAAGAAGAACCUGAGUCAGGUGAUUUAGAUAUUGGAAGUGAAUCAGAAAGUGAAGAGGCAGAAUCUACUGAAGAAGCAGUUGAGACUAUUACUGAAGAAACAGUAGAGAAUGUUACUGAAGAUGUAGUUGAGACCACAACCGAAGAGACAGUUGAGACAACAACUUAAUCAGAAGUAGAAACUACAAGUGAGGAAACCAAUUAUUUUGAAUAAGGCGAAGUUCAACAAUCUGUUUGAUU